UUUCCUAUAUUUAGAGCCCAAUACUAACUUAGGGUUUUUACGCGUUAUAAGUUAUAACCACCUCACAAUUCAUACGCAUAUUUGGCUCUUUUAGGGUUUCUCAAAUCACAGCGGAGAUUUCUCAUCAGCAGCAACAGCAACAAUGGUUCUCAAGACUGAACUUUGCCGUUUCAGUGGCGCCAAGAUAUAUCCAGGUAGGGGUAUCAGAUUUGUUCGUGGAGAUUCUCAGGUUUUCCUCUUUGUUAACUCAAAAUGUAAGAGGUAUUUCCACAAUCGCCUCAAGCCAGCAAAGCUUUGCUGGACUGCUGUCUACCGGAAGCAGCACAAGAAGGACAUUUCUGCUGAAGCUGUGAAGAAAAGAAGAAGAGCGACCAAGAAGCCAUACUCAAGGUCUAUUGUUGGAGUAACUUUGGAAGUCAUUCAGAAGAAGAGAAGUGAAAAGCCAGAAGUUAGAGAUGCUGCCAGAGAGGCUGCCCUUCGUGAAAUCAAGGAAAGGAUCAAGAAAACGAAGGAUGAGAAGAAGGCUAAGAAAGCCGAGGUUUCAGCCAAGGCACAGAAGUCGAGCAAGGGUCCAUCAAAGGGAGCAGCACCUAAAGGCCCCAAGCUUGGAGGUGGAGGUGGAAAGCGAUAAAUUCAUCUUACCUAGUGCUACCGUUGCAUUUAGUUGAGGACAGUGCAAUUUUGGGUUUUUAUAUGUUGGGAAGUAGACGUUUCUUAUUUGCUACAGAUAUCUAUGUAUUUCCAGGAUUAUUUUGGUUAUGCGAGAUACAAAUCUUUAUUUUUAUCUAA